AUGAUGACCAGAACUCGUGCGACCCAAUUAGCGAUCCAGUGCGGAGCGCAAUUGGCUCGCUCGCAACCUUGGUACAGGCCCUCCCUCCGCAUUCGACCAGCCCAGUUGGCUGGUAACCAUGCUGUUAGAGCUACACGGAGCUUUUCUAUCACGAACUCCCGUUGGGAGAAAAAUGAACCGACACAAAAGGCAGAUGAGGGACGCCAGUGGGAUUUUGAGUCGAUCAAGGAGAUCUCCCAGUCCAAACCUAAGAACCUCCUCCUAAUAGAUGUCCGCGAACCCAACGAACUUCAGUCUACGGGCACAAUUCCCACUUCGCUAAACAUCCCGAUCACAAGCCACCCCAAUGCCUUCCAUCUCCCCGCAGAGCAAUUCCGCCACCUCUUCGGUUUCGAGAAGCCCGCAACCGACGGUCCCGAUGCCCCCGAACUAGUCGUCUUCUGCAAAGCCGGCGUGAGAGCGCGUGCCGCUGCAGAACUUGCAAGGAGCGCAGGAUAUAACAAAGUUGGGGAUUAUGCUGGGAGCUGGCUGGACUGGUCAGCCAAAGGCGGCAAGGUGGAACCUUUUGAAGGGGGAGACGCAUAG